AAAAUAUCCCUCAACGUUGUUUGGCUUCAGAGCGGUGGCGGCGGUGCUUCGAUUUGCAGCAAGUUCACGGAACUCGGAUCGCUCGGAACCAGCGCCAGGACACGCUCGCGACGCUUUGAAAUCCGCGCUCGACAGGAAACACGCGGGAAGGAAGCACGGCUUGGUGAAAGCUCGCUGGUUCCGUAGGACGCACUCCUUAGCGGGCAGCCAUGUUUAUCCUGUAGGCCACUCUCAACUACUCCACCCUUUAUACUGUGCGUUUUGUGGACCUGGGCAUCCAGAGAGAUUGGAGGAACAUGACAAGGCUGGAAAGAGCGUAGCCGUCAACAUGUUUGCAAGAAAAGAUGUAGGAGCGCCCAAUGGCACGGCUGGCCCCAGUGCCCGGGACGGCUCGCACUGCGACCUGUGCGGGUGCACACGGCCCGCGGUGCGCUGUGACAAGUGCAAUCGGCAGGUGUUCUGCCUGUCGUGCGACGACAUGUAUCACCGGCACCCACGCCGCAAGAGCCACCUGCGGCGUGCCGUGGACAGCGUGGCCAGCGGACGCCCGGCCGCCGUCAAGCCGCCGCCCUCUGCGCAGCAACGCGUCGAGGGCGACCCUUCGCACAUGCCGGUGCCGCCACCCAGGAAGAAGAAGUCGCUGUUCAGUGCCUUCGGCCGCGGCACCGCUGGCAGCCAUCCAGCCGACGAUCACGAGAGACACCCAGCAUUGCCCAAGAAGGAGUUCUCGUGGACUGACAAGUUUGGCAGCAUCAAGCGCUUCAUGGCGAGCCGGCCGUUGCCCCCGGUUCCACCGGAGGACGAAGGCAUGCCGCCGUCGCCGCGAUACCAUCGCUCUCACGUUCCGCUCAAUUACGUGAACGUGGACCCACACCCGCCCGCCGUGCCUCAGCGGCCGCCCCCGCGCAUCGGCUUCCCGCCGCCGCCGCCUCAACAAAAACAGCAGCAACAGCCGCAACAACACAGCCGAGACCGCCGGGAGAUGGCGCACAUGGGCGUUGCUGGCGCCAGGAACGAUCGAAUGACGACGCUCGACGACUGGGACGACGUCGGCUCGGCCUCGGGCAGCAGUCACGGCAGCGACGACAGCUGGGGUCCCGAGGCUUACCGGCAUCCCGGAGCCGAACAGCGGGACGGGCCGGCCUUCCGGAAAGUUGGCCCUCCCGGCGCACACCAAACGUUUGGGACGCUCCGCAAGCACAGCUCGCCGCACGCCUUCGCUUCAAACAAGGGCGGCGACUCGUCCACGUUAAACCGCCAGAGCAGCAGCAUGACGGACCUCCACGGGGGGCACCCCGGUUCGGUAGCAGCGAUGCUGCCCCCCGGGCCGGGCUACCCAACGCCGGGGCCCGCGUUCCGUGCACCGUUCGGCUACCCUCCGAUGGCCUAUCCUAUGGCGUCGGCCACUCCACUUGGCUUCUACCGGCCGCCCGGCGCCUUCCUGGGUGGCUCCACGGGGUCUUGGAGUAACGUCAACUCUGCCGCCGAGGACGGCAAGGAGACGGACGACGACAAGUCUCAGCGCCAUUCCACACUCGACUGCCGCCGCAUCAAGCGCAGCCAGAGCUGCAUGCACGACCCCAUGAUGCACCCCGCUCCCUUCUACCCUUUCGGCUACCCGGCCUACCCCCCAAUGUUCCCACCGUGGAUGCGGCCUCCCUCGCCGUCCCUAUCACAGCAAUCGCUGCCAAUGGGCGACGAGUCAGGCGAGCGGCUGCACCGGCCACACCACCGCAAGCACAAGAAGAGCCUGAGUAAGGCCGCGUCUCGGCGCCAGUCCUCGCAGGACCUGUCCUCCGAGGAGGAGAAUGACCGGGACAGCCCGUCUCUGGACGAGCGCUCUUCCAGAGAUCGUGGGAGUCAUUCGAGUGAGAAGGCAAAAAGCCGAGGCCGAACACCUUCCAGUCGAGACCGAGAGGAGGUGAAGGCACCGGACAAGGCCGAGACCCACGAGACCGCCACCGAGAGGGAACAUUCCGAAGCCAUCAGGCAGCAGCAGGCCCGCCUCCUCGCGGUUGUGAACCAGACUGACAAGCAGCAGCGGGCCCAGACAUCCGAUGAACAGUCCGGGCUUGAAAAAGCGGCGCCCUAUGCCGGCCCAGAGUCGCAGCCCAAAUGGGAUCCAACUAAGCCUUGGCGCUGCCAGCACUGUACUUUCAUCAACGAGGCCGGUUCGCGCAUUUGUCUCAUCUGCUGCAAGACAACGUUUCGCGAACAGUCUCCGGCUCCUGUCUCCGACGACGAGGAGCGCCAGAAGAAGAGAGCUGGCUUUCAGGACACGCUGGCAGACAAGGAGAUCGAGCUGCCUGGCACCAAGAUCGACGCCGAUCCCCCGAAGAGCGAGUUAGUCCCUGCUGAACCCAAGCCCGAGGUCAAGCUGUGUCCCGGCACCGACGACGACAACCAGGUGAACUUCACGGACGAGUUUAUUAAGGAGCAGCAAGAGGUGGAGAAGGAAAUUCGCCGGCGCCUCGAAAUCCAGAUGCGAAUAGACGAAGAAAACCGCCGUAUUGAGAGCGCCGGUGUGGUGGAAGAAAGCCGAACAGUGCAGCAUUUCCAAGGCGACAACGCAGAGACGGAAAGCUCCAGCAUGACACCACAGCAAGCCAUGGCACUCGGUGCCGAAGCAGGGUCGUCGCCUUCUGCCAACGCAAAUGCGAUCGCCACAGGUGUGCAAGCAGCUAGUUACCAAUCAAACGUCCAGCAGUGUCACUCGUCGAGCCAAACCAUGUCAAUGGGCAGCGAGCACAGUCCGGCCACGAGUGACUCUUUGCCGCCGGACACGGCAUCGGCAGUGACUAUGCAAAGUGUGAGACCUAAAGUUUUGUAUAAGGCGUCAGUAGCUACAGACACUGAGGACUUCACGGACCCUUCAACGUCAUCGCCGCUGUCGGAUGCCCAGCAAGACAGGCAGGAGCGCCGCCGGGUCUUUGCCGAGGCCAAGGCGCAGUCCCUGGAUCAUUCCCGGCCGGCAUUCCUGCAACCAAAGGGCGCACAAGUGGUCCCCAGGGGCACGCGCAUCGGUAACCUGAUCAGGACCCUAUCGAAGACGUCUCUGCAAAACACGGAGCCCGAGGGCCGCCUGUACCGCAGCCACAGUCGGUCCUCCCUGCACAGCGAUAUGUCGGACGCGUCGCCGGUGCGCAGGGGCAUCGCUAGGCACGGCUCGCUGGCGGAGUUCGACCGCCCGUUUGGCCUGGAGAGCAACAGGAAGGACGACGACGCGUCUUCACUCGUCGGCGCCACAUCCAGUAGCUACAUCUCGGAGGGCAGGAAGCAGGACUACUACCUCAGCCUGGAGGAGCUGGUGCAGCAACGCAAGCAGGAGCAGAUGCGUACGCAGGGACUCGAGUUGGUCCGCCUCAUUCGGGAAGCCGAACAGCGCGGCUUCACAGCCGACGACCUGCAGGUGGCAAUGAACCACUGCGGCAAUGACAACCCCAUCAACUGGUUGCGGGACAACUGGCAGAACAUGACGGAGACUGUCGUGACGCUGGCCACAAACUACGGCCACGACCGACGAGAAAAUACCAUCGGAAUUGUGUCCGUCAGCGAGGCCCAGAACGCACUGCGUCGCCAGAAGGGCAACAUUUGGGCUGCCGUCACCGAGUGCGUCGAGAACCGCCAGAGAAUGUUCAUGGAGCUGAGCUCGAGAGGGAACUUCACUCGGCAAGAGAUACUGGCGGCGUUAACGGACAACCAGGGCAACAUGGACAUGGCGUACGCGCAGCUGACGAAGGCCACGCUCAAGCCGUUCCUCAUGCGCAUCUGGGGACCCGGCACGGGAGUCGACAACGACGAAGGUCGCCGACCGUCACCGCUCGGCGACAAGCGGGAGGAGAGCGUCACGGACCGAGUCAAGGACUGGCUCGAGUCCCUGGACGCCGCGUCACAGCUGCCGUCCAGUAACGCGUCCUCGCUCGAAGAGAAGCGGGCCAAGCGCCACUCGUUCCACGGCUACCGGAGCGACCAGCCGUUCUGCAGCGGCCACCGCGACCGCUCCAGCUCGCCGGCUUCGUCCUUCUCGAGUCACCGGGAAACCUCGGAAGUGAGCAGCGUCUCAUCGGCCACGCACGGCACCAGCUCUCGCCUCGAGGCUAUUCUCCGUCGCCGAGAAGCACAAAAAGAAUUUGAAAAGGGUCGCAAGUCAAAGAAGGAAGUUCCCGCCGACGGCAGCAAGAGGCGAUGGACGUUGGCUUCGGUUUUCAGUGCGAAGAAGCCCAGUCAGAACGCCAAAAAGGACGACUUCACGGGGGCAGGUUCCUCGGCUCAAAAGUCAUCUUCACAGACGACGCUGGCAUCUGACACGACGCAGCUUGACAGCAGUAGCAGCGGUGGGGCCACCGUAUCAAUGGAAACGCUGACCUCAAUCGAAGCGACAGGUGCAAAGCCAAAAACGUUUCUGGGCCGUUUUGCGUCAUUUAAGAAUGAGAGUAGAAAGAAAGACACCAGGACUGUCGAAGCUGUCGACUCCGGUGCUACAAACACUUUAGUGAAAGGCUCCCCUAUUGGUGAGAGGGCUGCAGAAAGAUUGAAGGAGGACUCAAACAGCAAAACUGUGACACCCAAGGAAACAAACAUAAUUGAAAAUCAGUCACCAAACGACUCUGAAACAUUCGAAAAGGCAGACGCUACCGAAAAAAGCGCACCUUUUGCUGCAAACCGUAAUGCAAUUGAAAACAUAAAGCAGUCUAUUCACGCCGCGAAAAUUUCAUUCAUGUCGGCAACCUCAGGACCUGCUGUCCAGCAGUUGCCAGAAGCUGCCCAUGAACUUUCAACUAAUGGGCCCCUGGUUGAAAACUCUGGACCCACGCAAUUAGAGCUAACCCCGUUGACUGCACAAGAAGCUGAUAAACCUCAAGAAAACCAUUCCAGUGAGCUAGCUGUAGGCGGCAAAGUUAAAAGCGAAGUUGUAGGUAUUACUUCUGAGUCCGUAGAGUCGUCAAGCGCUGAUAUAAAUGAAAAUGGGCAAGACGACCAGACGAAGCCCUCUAGUUCAAGAAAAAGCAACGACUCUUUACCGGCAAAGCAACCUAGUGCACCUACAAAGACGCAAAUGGUUAGCAAAGAUACCGCUUCUAGUGCGAAGGCUUCAUUGCCUCUUAGCCCACCAGAAACAGUCGUCGUUAACGGAGCAGAUGGGCAGCCUGUGGCCAAAGAGACGACGGCGGAAGUUUCAGAAGUAUUGGUCAAAGCGGUAGCUACUCCUACAGUCGUGGUACACUGCGCUGAGAACACAGCCACAAUUUUGACAGCUGGUAAUUCUGACAGCAGCAGCCAGGCUGCAUCCUCCGAGUGUAUACCUCUGAAAGACGGCGAGCUGAUCGGCGAACAUGGAGGCGUGAAAGCGGCCGAAAACGUUCAGGUGGAGAGCCGGCAAAGUGAGGCCAGUGCCGAUGUUGCGAGCACAGCGAUCACCGGAGGUGAGGGCUCAGCCACCACGAUCACCCGAAAGCUAGGAAAUCGCCUCGCGGACGCGGCAACUGUCAGGAAGCGCGAGCGCCCGCUCACGAAUGGAACGGCCGAGAACGCCGAGCACGACACGCUGAGGCCGCCGCUGGCUGCGGGCAAGGGUGGCCCGCUCCGUCGGCCAUCGGUGAGGCGGACCAGCCGCGAGGGCGCCGAUGACUGUGUGGUCAGGGACCGUGACGGCAAUGCCCUUAUUGUGAAGCCCCAGAAGCCGAUCGAGCGUCGCGGCAGCGUCAACGCCAGAUCCGGCAUGCAGAUAUCCAAGGCGGUGGCAGCAAACAUCGCCAAACUGCGGUCAGUUCCGCCGCCAAGAAAGCGCAAGCAGGUGGUGCAGCCCAGGCCGGCCGGGAAGCUUCCCACGGAGAAACAGAAACAAUACAAGGCCAAAGCCGAGGAACUCGUCCAGGAAGGUCGUUGUCCGACCAUGGUGCACGCGCAUUUAGUGGCCGAGCUGAUCGACAUGAGCUUCGACGAAGAGGACGCCAUCCUGGCUGCCGAACAGUGCGAAAGCAUCUACCAGGCAGUCAACUUCUUGCAGCAGGAGUGUGAGCUAUGCGCGGCCACCUACUCCAUCAGUCAGAUGGUUUCCUUGCUCAACUGCGUACACAAGGCGUGCAAAGAGUGCCUCACAGCUUAUUUUACCAUCCAAAUACGGGACAGAAAUAUCAUGGAACUUCUUUGCCCAUUUUGCAAUGAGCCUGACUUGAGUGACGAAGACGUAGAGCUGAAUUACUUUAAUAACCUAGAUAUUCUGUUAAAGGGCUUGGUGGACAACGAAGUCUACGACCUGUUUCAACAAAAGCUACGAGACCGAGCGCUAAUGAAGGAUCCAAACUUCCGGUGGUGUUCACAGUGUUCUUCUGGUUUCAUCACGUACCCUGAUCAGAUACGUCUUGUGUGCCCCGACUGCAAGGCAGUCACCUGCGCCUCUUGUCGCAAGCCUUGGCAAAAACAACAUGAAGGCAUCAGCUGCGAGCAGUUUCAACAGUGGCAACAAAACAAUGACCCCGAAAGUCAGGCUGAGGGAAUAACUCGCUACUUGGCUGAAAACGGAAUCGAUUGUCCAAACUGCAAGUUUCGGUAUGCACUAGCCCGCGGCGGCUGCAUGCACUUCAAGUGCUAUCAGUGUGGCUUCGACUUCUGUUGCGGGUGCAAUUUGCCUUUUAAAAUGGGCGAGAAAUGCGGCCGGUCUCCGAACUGCUCCAAACUAGGCCUACAUGCCCACCACCCUAGAAACUGCCUUUUCUACCUCCGUGACAAGAAUAUUGAAGACUUGCAAAGGCUUUUAGAGGAAAGCAAGAUAGUUUUUAAUCGGGACUCACCUGCUCACUGGGUUAAGACAUCCCGUUGCCAAGUUCCUGAGCAAAAAGAGACCAGGGAUGGCUUCAAGGACGACGUGUGUGGUCGAACAGUGGAAGAAGGCACGGCAGGACUGUGCAGAAUGCAUUACGUGGAAUACCUCGGGCAGCUGAUCUUCAAGAAUCACGUUGACCCCUUACCCAUAUUCGACGUGGACGAGUUGGAGCUGGUGCUAAAGCGCGCAAAUAUCCGGCUGCCAUCGCGCUACAAGCUGUCGGAUCGGGAAUACCAGGACGCUCUCAUCAAGGUCAUCGACGCCGAUGUGCCACUAGAAAAAAGUGCCGGCUGAAGCCAAUGACGCAAGGUUAUAUCAAAAUCCAACGUCUUGGGGCCGAGGUGCAACACUUUAAGAAAAUGAACUCUCAGUGUCCUGAAAAAAAAAGAACUUUCAUUUUCCUUGCUUUCCUUUUUUUUUGAACAUGACUGUUUCCCUCAGGAUAAUUUAUCUUCCUCAUACAAAAGCUGCAUUCUGGCGUCAGUCGUCUAAUUAAAUUUUGGUGCUCAACAUUGUUCAAAACCA